AUUCCGCCUCCCAGCACACACGCCGGAACCAGCCAGCUGGUGGUUGUCGCCGUUGCGCCUAGUCCUCCUUCCGUGUCAUCGCUGCCGCCAUGCCCGGAGGGCUCCUUCUCGGGGACAAGGCUCCCAACUUCGAGGCCAAUACUACCAUCGGCCGCAUCCGUUUCCACGACUAUCUGGGAGACUCAUGGGGCAUUCUCUUCUCCCACCCUCGGGACUUUACCCCAGUGUGUACCACGGAGCUUGGCAGAGCAGCAAAGCUGGCACCAGAAUUUGCCAAGAGGAACGUUAAGAUGAUUGCCCUUUCAAUAGACAGUGUUGAAGACCAUCUUGCCUGGAGCAAGGAUAUCAAUGCUUACAAUGGUGAUGAGCCCACAGAAAAGUUACCUUUUCCCAUCAUUGAUGAUAAGAAUCGGGACCUUGCCAUCCAGCUGGGCAUGCUGGACCCAGCAGAGAAGGACGAAAAGGGCAUGCCCGUAACAGCUCGUGUGGUAUUUGUUUUUGGUCCUGAUAAGAAGCUAAAACUGUCCAUCCUCUACCCGGCUACCACUGGCAGGAACUUUGAUGAGAUUCUCCGAGUAAUUAUCUCUCUGCAGCUGACAGCAGAAAAGAGGGUUGCCACCCCAGUUGAUUGGAAGAAUGGAGACAGCGUGAUGGUCCUUCCAACCAUCCCUGAAGAGGAAGCCAAAAAAAUUUUCCCUAAAGGAGUCUUCACCAAAGAGCUCCCAUCUGGCAAGAAAUACCUCCGCUACACCCCCCAGCCAUAGGCUGGCUCUCCACAGAGUUGGUGCUGGAGCUGCUCACUGAGCACCGUGAGCCAGAGGAUGCCAGCUGCCCAUCAUGUUUUCCUGCAGCAGUACCAUAAAAACAUCCUGGUGUGAUCAUAGCCAAGGUCUUUAGGUUGCUAUACUACUGGCUUAUUAAAUGAAAAUGGCACUACAAA